CGAUAAACCACCAGAAUGGAGAUUGCGAGCGAGGAUGUUAUCCGACUUAUGCAGCAGUUCCUGCGUGAACACAAGCUCUUCGACACACUGCACACGUUGCAGCAAGAGUCUCAAGUGACGCUGCAAGCGGUGGACUCUGUGGAUGCCUUGGCUCGUGACAUCGCGUUGGGCAAAUGGGACCAAGUACUCACGCAAACGCAGCACCUCCACUUGUCCACGUCCUUCAUGAUUGACUUGUAUGAACAAAUUGUGUUGGAGCUGACGGAAGCCGACGAGGGCUCUGUUGCACUGGAACUCCUCCGACAAGCACCGCCACUGCUGGCCCUCCAAGAGCGCGACAUUACACGUUAUGGCCACCUAGAGCGCAUCACGCGACUGCCGUCGUUUGACGCGCGUUUCGCAUACAGCGGCAUUCCUAAGGAGAAACGCCGCGAAGAGCUCGCCAAGAAGGUGCACAAGUACGUCACGUCCGUGCCGCCGUCGCGUUUGCUCACCUUGCUCGGCCAAGCGCUCAAGUAUCAGGAGCUCACGGGGGUGUUGCCGGGCGAGCUCGACUUGUUUCAGAACGCACCAAAGCGGCUCCAAGUCGACCGGACGGAAGAAAGCAUCUCGAAAGGAAGCGGGAAAAUCAAGUUUGGCAAGGCAUCCACGCCGCAAACAGCCCAAUUCUCCGUGGACGGACGCAUGCUCGUGUCUGGCACGAAGGACGGGUUCGUCGAAGCUUGGGACUUUGACAAGUGCGUGUUGAGAAAGGACCUGGAGUACCAAGCUCGGGACGAGUUUAUGAUGCACGAGGACAGCGUGACGGCUCAAGCGUUCAGCCGCGACGGAGAGCUCCUAGCCACCGCGACAGCAGAAGGCAAAAUUAAAGUGUGGAAGCUGUCGACGGGGCAAUGCCUGCGCCGGUUUGAACACGCACACAGCCAAAGCAUUCACAGCAUCUGCUUUUCGAAAGAUGGCUCGCAGCUCCUCACGGCGUCGUUCGACCAGUUGGUUCGACUGCACGGCCUCAAGUCUGGCCAAAUGCUCAAGGAGUUUCAUGGCCACGACAAUUACGUCAACUUUGCCACAUUCAGCCCUGACAUGACGCGAGUGCUGUCCACGUCGGCCGAUGGCACAAUCAAGAUUUGGGACGUCAAGAGCGCCGAGUGCCUCAGCACGCUGCGCCCUCCCCACGCCUCCCCAGGGGUUGAGAUGGACGUGCUGGGCGCCGUUCAAUUGCCGCACAAACCGACGCAGUUGGUGCUCGUGACCCGAUCCAAAGCGAUGUAUCUCGUUUCGUGGCAAGGCGAGUUCACCACCACCACGUACACGGACCCAUAUACAGAUCUUGAACCAAAGGGCGACUUUGUGGCAGCUGUGACAAGUCCCCAGGGCAAAUUCCUCUACGCCCUCACCGACAAGGGCUUCGUGCUGUGCUUCAAGACGGACUCGGGGGUCCUCGACCACGCGAUGCAAGUUUGCUCAGGCACUGUCCAUGGAAUCGCCCAUCACCCACACCGCAACGUACUCGCCACAUACGGCAGCGACGGCUACGUUCGCAUUUGGAAAGCUUAAGGAACCUGGUGCGUUGGGGUGUAUCGAUUGAAUGCAAACAAAUUGGCAACCAAAGGCUGAUGCCGAGUCAGUUGGAAAUGACGACAAGGGGAUUCGACGGUUGCUGGGUCGCUAAAAAUUGCC